AUGGUCCCUGGUGAGAUCAAAGUUUCUGAUCCUCAAUCUUCCUACGUCUUUGCACCAUUUGAUGCCCUUGGCUCUUCUACUGUCACAUCGCACUCAUCCACACCUGUACCAACGGUUGCACAUAUGGAAACGGCCAAUGGAAAACCAACAAGAUCAACGAAAAUUGGUGGCACAUGGGCAGGAACGAGUGAUUUCAUUGAUAUAGACAACCUGGCGUCGCAGAGCACUCCUGUGAAGCAAAGUCCAUCACUUCAUCAAAUACAAAAGAACAAGCAAACCGGAACUAUCGGUGAUCUCUACUUGUUCAGCGUAUAA